AUGAAAGGAUCGAGGAGAAGAGGAAAAGAUCAAAGUUUUACUUCGAUCAAGGUAGAGCCAAGGUGCUACCAGAACUUAAAAUUGGGCAAGACCUAUGUGAAACAUCAAGACACUGGUCUACAGAAGAGAUCGCUUUUGGCUGAAACCACAUCAACCCAUAUCACCGUCUUGAGAAAAUCGCCUCUCAAUACAACCAUCAAUACCAAGAUCGCCUUCACUGCAGCCUAG